UUCUGGAUCUUUCUCCUAAAUUGUACCUACAGAGGCUCACGUCAUUAUACAGCUCAAAUUGUUAAAACGGGUUGCUUUGAGGAGUGCGUGGACUGGUUAGGCUACAUCGUGCUUUGAGAAUAAACGCACAAAGAAGUUAAACCUGGAGCAGAUUGAGGAGGACUUUACGGUGCAUAAAGCUCACAAAAUGCGGGCUUCACACUGUAAAAGAGCACUAAAACAAACAGAGAUGCAGCUGAGGGAAUGAAAGACAGCAGUGUUUUUGGGAACACGUGCGAUUCCUGGUCAGCUGGUUGGAGUGAUGCACAGGCAUCCCCAUCCUCCUGGGCAGAUGUCGCUCUCAUUUGGGCCUGACUGAAAAGGAAGUGGGAUCAUCUGGGGGAAGGACAGAAUCCAUGGAGAAAAGAAAACAAGAGGAGGAAGAGUGGAGUCAGGAGUAGGAGGAGAAUGACUUUCCUGGAACAUUGGUGCAGAGUUAAAACAGGUGACAGAAGACCUUCAAAACCAGCUGAGAGAGGCACAUCCCUGACAUGGCUAACGUGUUGGCAAACAGGGUCUCACUUGCAGGAGACAUGGCAGGCCAUCGACAUCCCAUUGGAGUUGUGUUACUGGCUACCUUAUGCAUGUUGCUAACCAGAAUGCCCUCUGAGGACCGACAUCUAUCCUCCAGCUGUGGUUCUUACGUCAAAACCGAGCCUUCCAGUCCAUCCUCCUCGCUAGUAGACACCGGCAGUCACCACAGUCCCAGCGGAAACUCUGACGCCAGCGGCUACAUUAACGGCAGCAGCAGACACUCACACGCAAUGGACUCCCCGCCAAUGUUCAACCCAGGCAUGCUCGGUGGUGGCGCCGCCGCUUGCCUACGCCGCUACGAGGAGUGCUCCGGCGUUGUGGUGGACGACUCGCCGAUCAAGUGCGAGUACAUGCUCAAUGCCAUUCCCAAGAGGCUGUGCCUGGUGUGUGGUGACAUUGCUUCAGGGUACCACUACGGGGUGGCCUCCUGUGAGGCCUGCAAAGCCUUUUUCAAAAGGACAAUACAAGGGAAUAUUGAGUACAGCUGUCCGGCCACCAAUGAAUGUGAGAUCACCAAAAGGAGACGCAAGUCGUGCCAGGCGUGCCGCUUCAUGAAAUGUCUUAAAGUUGGCAUGUUAAAAGAAGGUGUACGUCUGGACCGGGUGAGAGGGGGGAGACAGAAGUACAAACGGAGGUUGGACGCGGAGAACAGCGCCUACCUCGGCCUCGGCAUCCCUCCUCCAGCUAAAAAGCCAUUGACGAAGAUCGUUUCCCAUCUGUUGGUAGUGGAGCCAGAGAAAAUCUAUGCCAUGCCUGACCCCACCAUGCCCGACGGAGACAUCAAGGCCCUGACCACGCUGUGCGACUUGGCCGACCGCGAACUGGUGGUCAUCAUCGGCUGGGCAAAACAUAUCCCAGGUUUUUCCUCUCUCUCACUGGCAGACCAGAUGAGUCUACUGCAGAGUGCUUGGAUGGAGAUCCUGGUGCUGAGCAUCGUGUUUCGCUCGCUACCCUGCGAAGACGAGAUUGUGUAUGCAGAGGACUAUGUGGUGGACGAGGAGCAGGCGAGGAUCUCAGGCCUACUGGACCUGCACGUCGCCAUCCUGCCGCUUGUCCGACGCUACAAGAAGCUGCGCAUGGAGAAGGAAGAGUUUGUCACACUCAAAGCCAUCGCCCUCGCCAACUCAGACUCCAUGCACAUAGAGAAUAUCGAGGCCGUCCAAAGGCUCCAGGAUUCUCUCCACGAGGCUCUGCAGGACUUUGAGGGCUCCCAGCAUCCAGAGGACCCUCGACGGGCAGGCAAGCUGCUAAUGACCCUGCCUCUGCUCCGUCAGACCGCCACUAAGGCUGUUCAGCACUUCUACAGCAUCAAAAUGCAGGGCAAAGUCCCCAUGCACAAACUAUUCCUCGAGAUGUUGGAGGCCAAGGCUUGACACCUGGGCCAGAUGUUUGACAGACAGCAGCAUCACCCAAUGGGAGGCAAGGGUCAGCCCAUAAAAAAUAAAGGUGGUGUGCCAAUUGACAGUGAAAGGAUGAAGCUUGGACUACUGAGUCAUGUUAACACUUUUAAAUGGUAAUACACAUAAAAGAAAAGGGGACUUGAAAUAGUUUUGAAAAGGGUAAAUAUCAACUUGAUUGACAUGGGAUCAUGAUGAUGUAUAUAAAGAUGUUGUGUACAGAAAUCAGGCAACCGAGGUCUUGUUAUAACCAGAGACCCAAUGCUCUAUAUCACCUGAAGCUUCUGUGAAUUUGUUUCUUAUUUUCAUCUCAAAAUGGAAGUGUGUUAAUAUAAAUGUCCUGAAGAACCGUACGGCUACGUAGCCACAUUAUGUGUUUUUGGUUCUUUUUUCCAUAUUUUCUAAUCUCAGUUGUUAAAGCAAUAGUCUCUAACUGGUCUACAUAUAAUAUGUGUACUGUAUAUUGUGUGAAAUUGCACUGGGAGGGGGGUGAGAGAAUUGCUAGACAUAUUCUUAUAUUCGUCAUCAAAGAAAGCGGUACCCACCAUGGGUCUGUAGGACUCUCGAUUUCCUCGUAAUGUAUUUACCUCGUAGUAGCUUCAUUGACUCAGCGGUUAGAGUCAACUUGGUGCUUACAGAAGGACAUUGGUUGGCUGGUGAUCAGAGUUCACAAAGAGUUUGCACUAAGCAUCUGUGAAUAAUGUGGCAAUAAUGGGUAUUGUAAUAGCGAGCUCUGUCUGGUAGCCUCUGAGUCUCAGUCAGUGGUUUUUGCUUAUGGACACUAAACUCCCUCCUCAUUCUUCACUUCUAUGUGUUCAGUGUCAUACACAAAUAUUGGCAACUAAGCAUACUGUGAAAAAUACACAUGAUAAGCUAAUAUUCUGUGCUGAGAAUUUUUAACUAUGGCUUGUUAAAACAUAUUUAUUUUAUUUAAAUACAGGUACAAUAACCGCAACAUCUAUGCAAUUUAAUGCAAUCUAAAACGAUGUGUAAUGCAACCUCAUAGCCCUGCAAUAAAUACUACCUUUGUAAAGUUUAUAAUGUUCAGUUUGUGUCACAUAGGUGCUGAUUCAACUCUCUGGUUGUUUUUGAGUCCAUAGUUUGUGAUGGUGCGGUAUUAGAUUGCAUUGUAUUGUAUAGGUUUUGCUUUUUCUCAUAUCCACACCCCUUUGUUUAGGUUGUAUGCUCAAACAAGUGUCACUAUAUUGAUAGCAUUAAUUCCACAGCUAUCACAUUAGUCCUUUGUUUGUUUUUCGUCAAAGUCUUGUGUGAUACCAAAGUCUGUAUGAUCGCAUCUAAACAAUUUUUUAAUGAUCCGAUAUUUUGUUCUCAGUGUGGACUACAGGUUAAAUAUUGUGCCUCUGAGUGAGGAGAUUUUGACAUUUUGACUCUGUUGUCGCUGGGCAUUAAGAUUUCCAAGUAACUCAAGUGAGAAAAAAAAACAAAACAAAGCCCCCACGUCUUUAUGAAUGGAUUCAAACUGGCCAUGAUCUCUCCCCUUUCAAACUAUAGGCCAAAAUUCGCCCGUAUAUAAAUGGCCAAUAGACAUUUUCGCAUGCAAGUACACACAUCUGCCACAGCUUAAGUUUGACAGAUAAUGUCUCCUUUUUAUCCUUGUGAUCUUUUUGAGUUUCAAGAUGACAAGUUCAAAUAAAACUAAUGCAUUUUUUUUAAACUGAGGGUUUUGAGUCCCUUUGUCUCCUUGAUUGUUAAAGUCUAAGAUGGCAGCCUUUUAAAACUAUUUGCUAGACUUUACUGCAGGUUUAAAUGUUUGAGUGCAACGAUAUAAUGACACUUGUGUUUCUGAGAAUAUAACUUGAAUUACUCUGAAUUGAAACAGACUAUAUCAGACCUCAGAUUACGGCUCACUAAUGUUCUGUAUUUUUCGA